AUGAUAUACCAAGAAUUACAACAAACAAUAGAGAAAAGCUUUAAAAGCAUUAAAGCUACAAUAAUAGUAGUAACAGGGGCAAUAGCAGUCGGAAAGACAACUGCAUUAUUAGAAAUAAAAAACUUCUUUGAGAAGCAAGGAAUUCAAGUAUUCCAAUUCAAAGCAAUAUCAGAAAAAUCAUCAGAAUUACUAAAACUAAUGUAUUUAGCAAAGCAAAACACAUUUGCAUUACAGAUAUUCAUAUUACAAGAAUUCCAAAAGAAUUUAUUACAAUUAAAGAUACUGAAAUUAGAAGGAAAAAUUAAUGAGAAAACAAUAAUACUCUUUGAUAGAGCAGUACCAGACACAAUAAUAUUCGAAAUGAAUAAUAUCCAAGACAUACAACAAAUGGAAAUACUAAAGAAAAUAAGAAAAGAUCUUA